AUGGGAAUCGCCUCCAAUCGACCCUCGAGUGCGGCAGAAAGCCAGAACGAAUACUUUGGCGACUCAUCAGUGGCCUCAUUUCUGAAAGAGAUCAAAGUUUCCGACGCCGCCAAUUCUCGAGGCGAUUCGUCAUCCCAGCCAGGUCCCAACUUGCCAGGAACAUCGCGUUUCGCUGUCGACUCAUGCGAUCUGCCCUCUCGUCAAUUAGCGGACUAUCUUCUCCAGUGCUAUUUCGGCAAAUUUCACAGCCUUUAUCCGUUCAUUCAUAAACCGUCGUUUCUUCGCAUGUAUGAUAGUCUAUGGACACCGACUGUCGUGGAUGUUGGAAAUAGCUCGGCUGGGAUUGGCUUGGGUGAUCCCAACGUACCAUCCUCGACAUUCCUCUGCGCAUUGAAUAUCGUCUUAGCUCUUGGGUGUCAAUUCUCUCAUCUGAAUCAUACAGCCCGCGAAGCUACCUCCGCGGAUAUCUUCGAGCGCUCUCAACGUUAUCUGAAUACCCUCUCCCGGGACAAAGGCGAUCUCGCCCUCGUACAGAUACUUCUUUUGACAGCUACAUAUCUGCAAGGAGGCGAGUCUCCUUCCAAAUGUUGGGACAUGAUUGGUCUCGCGUGCCGAAUCGCGCAAGGACUGGGAAUGCAUUCCGUGAAAGCUGAUAGGAACCGACGACCGGCGGAGAUUCAAAUCAGACGCCGUGUUUGGCAUGGAUGUAUCAUGAUGGAUCUGUAA